UUCCGCUGUCCUCCUCCGCAGUCGCUUCGCUCCACCGCCUCCCCCCGGCGGCUGCGUAGGCUCCACUCUCCACGAAGCCCGCUCUGUCCGCAUCGCACGCCAGAGAUCGCCCCUCGGCGGCGGUGGAAUGGUUCUUGGGGCCGGGAAGGAUCAGGACAACGUCGAAGAUGAGGGAGGCGGCGGCCUUCGCCGCUCCACUCUGCGGCGCUCGACUGACCGCCUUUCGUAUCCGUUGCGCCUCGCAUAAUUUUCAAGCAACUCUCAGCCAGAGACAGAGAUUUGUAUUGAUUCAUAAAUGUCAGAAGAGAGUGAAUUCUGUCCCAUUUGUCAUCAGUUCAAUGUUGAAGAAGGUAAAGUCUGAUUUGAGUAAUGGUGACUCUGGUACAACUGAACCUGAUAUUCUGUUGGAGAAAUUAUUUGAAAAGACGCAGAAAUUAGAAAUGAUGAGUAGCGAUUCUCAUCUUUCUGAGGAUGCUGAACAAGGUCUGAACCUUGAAAUAUCGGAGACUGAUGUUGAAGCUGCAUUUUCAACUUUAUGGAAGAAGGAAGAAGACCUCAAGAAUGCUGAGCGGAGAGUGCAAAAGUUGGAUCAGACAAAGCAAGACUUGGAGUGGUGGGAAAAAGACUUUGCUGCUACAUUUGCGAAGCAAAAACAAAUGGAGAAAGAACUAAAUAAAGCUCAUGAUGAUCUCAUUUUUCAGUUCAGGCAGAUCGAGGAACUGUAGGUUGUCGUUGAAGAGCAAGGCAAUGAAAUUGAGAUCAGUCUUUUACUUUUCCAAAAGGAGCAUGAACUGGGUGAACUCCAAAAAGAGGUAAUAAAAAAGGAUGAAGAAGCCAGGCUGCUGAGAUCAGAACUUGAGUUUAGAGAUCAGAUCAUAUGCGAGGCCAAUUCACUAAUUAAAGAUCAAGAGACAAAGAUUAAAGAUUAUCAGAAAGAUGUUGAGGAAAAAGAACAAGAUUUAUCUAAUUAGCAAAGAAGACUUGAAUUGAGAAAAACUGAACGAGAGAGGCUAGAAGGUAUGGAGGCUGAGCUUGAAAAGAAGACUUUAGAAUGGUCAUUAGCAAAGAAUGAGUUAAGGAAACUAGAGGCUGCACCAAAGGACAUAAGUGAUAUGAAAGAGGCUUCAGGAGACUACAUAAGAAUAAGAUCACUUCUUGCUGCUGUAAGGUCUGAACUGGUCUAUUCACAGGAAUCUCUUUCUUUAUCUCGAAAAGAGAUGACAGAUGAAACACUUCAAUUUGAAAGACAAGCAGCAGAACUCAGUGAACAAAAACUUUUACUGGAGUCGUAGUCUGAAAAUUUGAAAAUUGCUUAUUUGGAAGUUAAGAGUUAAAGAAACAAGUUGAGAACUGCAUAUGUUCAGUGUGAAGAACUUGAAACACACUUAUCAGUUAGUAGGAAAGCGACAGAACGUCUAGAAGAGAGAUUAACAAGAGAGAGAGCUUUACUAGAACAGAAAACACAAGAGAUAGUAUUACUUCAAAAUGAGAUUGGACAGAAAGAACAGGAGUAUAGUGAUGCUCGCAAACUUCUUCAGGUAAAGGAGUCUGAACUUGUAGAAGCCAGACUUCAAAUUCAGCACAUGAAAUCUGAGAUGGCCUCUCUUCAGCUUAUUUUGCAAGAAAAAGAUGCUGAGCUCAUUGAAUCUGGGAGAAAAUUGGUGGAGGUUAACCAUGACAUAUUGGAGCUACAAAGACUAACAAACAGCAAAGAGGAGCAGCUUAUCCAAACUACCAUAAAGCUGCAGGAGAAGGAAGAACAUAUCCAGACAAUGAAGCAUGAGUUGGGUGAUGCAAAAUUGAAGUUUUCUGAAGCUACAUCUAUUAUAGAAGGAAUAGUUCAAUUGACUAACAAUCUUGUUGGUUCUGUCAAAAAUGGAAAAAUGGGCACAACACUAGUUUCAGGAAUCAUAGUCUGGAAACUGAGCUUGAGGUAGUGAAGGAAUCUCUGAUGAAAAAGGAGAUAGAACUUCUUGCUUCUCAGAGAGCUCUGGUUGUCAAAGAAGAAAAGUUUAGAUAAGUUCUUAGAAGGCUGGAAAUAACGGAAAAGGAAAUGGAGAACAUGAAAAAGUUGAUGGAAGAUGCCAGUGGCCUGGUGGAAGGUUAUGCCUUGCCCAGGAGAGAAAUGGGGAUCCAAGUCUGGGGGCAUUGCCGAUUGAAAAGCUUCAGCUCAAGGCAGUCAUGUUAGAAGCUGAAGCCACAACAUCUGCUCUGCAAAAGCUUGCAGAUAUGACCCAUGAGCUCAUGAAAGAAACAGAGAGAGUUAUGAACUUGGGCUUUGAUGCUCCUACACAAUUAACAGGUGCAGAGCAAAUGUUUGACAACUCUGCUAUGAGUUCCAACAGGAGAAUAGAGGGUCUCAACGAGGCUAAGAAAGAAGUGGUCAGCCUUUUUGCUUUGACAGAGAAACUAGUUACGGAGGCUGGAAUGUCUCAUGCAGAUCUGCAGCCGUGAUCCAAGUACUAUUCUAUGAACAUCUUGAGUAAUUGCUAUCUGCUUCACGAAUGCGACCUUUCGAAAACUUUCUGAUCUUACCAGCAGUUUUGUACAUCAAAUGAUACUUUUUUUUUGUUAACACAUGAUGUAUCAUUAGUCAAAAAUGAACUAACAUCAAGUAUUUCUUAGGCAUAUACAUCUGAAAAUGCAAGUCCUAGAUAAAGAAGAUAAUUCUCAAAGGAAGAUAACCUUUGUGUGUAAUUGAGGGUAUGAAUAUGACAUUGUUUUGCCGUACUCCAAAGAUUGCACCUGGUUACUGAGCUUUGCAAAAAUAACUAAUGAUAUCAUAGUCUAACCAUUUUUCGAAGUCAUUGAUCGAAGCAGUGUGUAAUGGUGUAGUCCGGGAA